UUUCCUGCGGCCUGGAAGGCCCGGGUGAAAAAGUUUGCGGAGUACUGGUUCUCCUCACCCUCUCACCCCCAGGAAAUUAUUGCAAGAAAUGGAAACCUGACGGAGCAGAGUCGUCCGCUGCUCCGCGGUCGCAGGUGGAAGGUGAGGGUCAGGGGAAGCCAGGCGGCCGCUGCGUUCCCGGGAUGGCUGGUGUGUGUAUUCUUGGAGGAAGGGUCGACUUGCUCGGCCAGCUCCAAGUUAGGGCCCGAGGCCCGGGCCCGGCCUGGCCCGCCUGCACCUGACCCCCACGACGAGAGAAGGCGAGGAAAGCAGCAAAUCGCCCUGCGCUGAGGCCCGCCGUCCCGGUGCGAGGAGAGCGCGGCCGCCGUGGCUGGGCCAAGGAGGUGCUUCCGAACCCGGAUUUGCGGCUUGAGGUCUGCAAAGUGACCACUCCGGCGGCUCCUCUCGCGCUGUCCCCGGCCUGGCCCCUUGUGCAAAGAACUGGGCGUCCCCUUUCUGGAGCUGCCCCUCGCAACACUCAGAAAACGCGAAACCUCACGAACAAGGCCGCGGCCCAGGAGACAGACGGUGGGUGAGCGGGAGGGCCCGGGAGGCCAGGGGAACAGUGCCCUGGUUAUCGGAGAACGUAUUUACUAGGCAAAAAACACCCUCCCUCCACUCGGAUCCAAGUUGUCUGAGAACUGAAACGACAUCCCAGGAUGAAUUGGAGAGGGUUCAACUGAGUUACACAUCGGGAAGUGGGGCUGGAGUUUCUUCCAAGCCCCAGGCCCCUCGGACGCCUUCUUCGGCUCCCGCGUGGGCUGAGACGGUUGGGGAGGUCGCCAGACUCAGCUAAAAGGGCAGAGACGCGAAGAGAAGCCUGUGGCGAGGGGCGAGUGGGGGGUGGGGGGGAGGCCUAGAUAGCCCGGCAAAGGCUCCAGUCCGCUUUUUGCCUCCGACUGCUGGCUCCUUCCCCACCCGCCGUCCCUCGCCCCGCCCCGCCCCGCCCCCCACCUUGGGGCAGGUGAGCGGCGGCCAAUGGGCGAGCGCGGGGCAGGUGCCGGCUAACUCGCGCCUCGCAGCGCAGCGGCCGAGGCUGAGCUGGGCUGUGCUGGGAGGACCAGGGGCGGGGGUCUGUCCUGGCUGGACUCGGGAGGGAGGGGGCCGGGCUCAGCCCCCAGGCCGUAGAGGCAGCUCGCAGCAUCGCACGGAACCCGCGCCAGUGCCCGCGCCCGGAGCUGCCCGCUCGGCCCCAGAGGCCGGCGCGCCUAGCUGCGCGCCGUGGCCCGACUCCGCGUUCUCUAGCUCUCACGCCCCUCGCCUCUCCGCGCCUGGCUCGCCGGCAGGGUCUGAGCGCGGGCGGGCGGGCGGGGGAGGUGAGGGGUGCUGGUGUGUGUGCAUGUGCCUGGCUGGGUGCACACCCCGCACGGCGGCGGCGCCAGGACGCGGAGCGCUCCCCGGAGCCCGGCUGCCUCGCUCGGCUCUGGCGACCGCGACCAUGUUCCAGCCCACAGCCAAGCGCGGCUUUACCAUCGAGUCCUUGGUAGCCAAGGACGGCGGCACCGGCGGGGGCUCUGGCGGCGGGGGCGCCGGCUCCCAUCCCCUGGCGGCGGCCGCCUCGGAGGAGCCACUCCGGCCCACGGCGCUCAAUUACCCUCACCCCGGCGCGGCCGAGGCGGCCUUCGUGAGCGGCUUCCCCGCCGCCGCCGCCGCCGCCGCCGCCGCCGCGGGCGCCGGUCGCUCGCUAUACGGUGGGCCCGAGCUUGUGUUCCCCGAGGCCAUGAACCACCCCGCGCUGACCGUGCACCCGGCGCACCAGCUGGGUGCCUCCCCGCUGCAGCCCCCGCACUCCUUCUUCGGCGCCCAGCACCGGGACCCUCUGCACUUCUACCCCUGGGUCCUGCGGAACCGCUUCUUCGGCCACCGCUUCCAGGCGAGCGACGUGCCCCAGGACGGGCUGCUGCUGCACGGCCCCUUCGCGCGCAAGCCCAAGCGGAUCCGCACGGCCUUCUCGCCCUCGCAGCUCCUGCGGCUGGAGCGCGCCUUCGAGAAGAACCACUACGUGGUGGGCGCCGAGCGGAAGCAGCUGGCCGGCAGCCUCAGCCUCUCGGAGACGCAGGUGAAGGUGUGGUUCCAGAACCGGAGGACAAAGUACAAGCGGCAGAAGCUGGAAGAAGAGGGGCCUGAGUCCGAGCAGAAGAAGAAGGGCUCCCACCACAUCAAUCGGUGGCGCAUUGCCACGAAGCAGGCCAAUGGGGAGGACAUCGAUGUCACCUCCAAUGACUAGGGUGGGCAGCCACGGAUCCACGAGGGCAGAGCAUCUGCUCGCUGCUGGCCAGGACCCCGGGUGGGCCCUGCUGGACUCUGGCCGCUCCCCCGCCAGGCUUCGGGGAGGCCUCGAGUCACGGCCCCACAGGGCUCGGAGCCUGGGGCCACCACUGACAGAGGGACAAGAAAUGGGCUGGCUGAGGCCUGGGACUCCUCCACCUUUUCCUCAGAGAGCCCGCCUGCGUGGGCAGGCCGCCCGCCACAGCCACUCUCCACUUCUCUUAUCUCCUGCGUUUCUGUUUUAAUUUAUUUUCCAGGCACCCGCUGUAGUUCUUAGUGAUCCCCCUGUAUCUCCCUUCCCUAUGGGAAUAAUAAAAGUCUCUCUCUUAAUGACAUGGGCAUCCAGCUCCACCCCUGGAGCCUGUGAGCCCCGGGGUGGGGGUGGGGUAUUCCGGCUCUGGGGACCAGAGGGGACUGGCAGAGCAAGCUUGUACAGCGCCUGGGAGCCUGGGGUGGGGCCUGGGAGACUCAGCUCUGUUGGUGGUCCACCCUGGUCUCUAGCUCCAGCUCUAGAGCAAGGGAAACAGGCUAGACAUGGGGAAGGACCACCCUGUGUCUUAAGGGAGGCUAUCUAUGCUCUGGUCUUUCCAAGCUUAUUGAGCGGUGGGAAACGCCCAUGUGGGUCAGGGGAGAGACCGAACAUGCCCACUUGUGCAUGCUGAGAGACUCUGGUGGCUCCUCUUGGCCCUCACUCUGAGGAGAAUUGAGGAGAAACUAGAAGAAAAAGGGAGUAUUGGGAGCUGGGGGCAGAGCACCGUUCACAGAAGUUGACCAUCCCAGCCCCAGGUCCUGGCGCCACCGGGAUGCUCAUCCAUCCCCGGAGAACCCCCCCGCCCCGUGCAGAUGAAAACUUCUGAGUUGGGGUGUAAGGCUGGAGCCUACAACCGGUCCCCAAGGACGCAAGGCCUCUAGCCGGGAAAGAAUAACAAGGCAGGGCUCGACUGAGCUCUUUAGUUCAUCUGCCCUUCUGCUCAUCCACUUGCCUUUCCUGCUGUCACACAUCAAGGUUUCCUUCAUCCUUAAAAAGCAAGACCUGUCUUCCUAACAACGUUUCUCUUACGACGUCCAGACCUGUCUCCACUUCUUCACCUCCCAUGUGCUCCCCAACCCUCUCACCAAUCACCAAUUCCCGCCACCCGUGGGGGCCAAACUCAGCUGCCGCCCGUUUGGCUUCACCUAUAGCCCGCUCUUCCGGCCAUUCCCUCCUUGACUCCCACACCCCCCUCUGCCUUCAUUCCGGUGCCUCUGACACCGUCACCUGCCUCUCCAGGUCUUCCCGUCUUGUCCUGGCCUCGUCGCCCCUGUCCACUGCAGGGCCAGCCCUUGCGCCUCCUGCCUCUUCACUGUGCCCUCCACCUGGGGCUUCACAUCCAUGUGCAGGACUUCUCCUGGCGCCCUGGGCUCCCUGCAGGCAACCUCUGCCAAGCUGCAGACCCACGAAGCCCGCCGCCCACAUCUGCUGCACUCCAGGCCUCCCGGCACCUCGAACCCAACACGUUCACAGCUGACUCAUCUCCCCACCUGUUCUCCUCCAGGAUUGCCCACCUCGGCAAACGGCCAAGAUUUCUUCUACCUUGGGAAGCAGUGUACAUGGCUCCUGGGGGGUGGGGAGGGGAGGGAAGGGAAGGAGUAGUAUGUGUAAUAAUGUGUGGAUGUCAGAGAUGAGGCCCCUCCAUACUGUGGCUAGGGUUCUCUUCCCUGAGCCCACAAGGACUGUGUCACACUCAUCCUAAGCCCCCCACCCUACCCCCAUUUCUUUCCCAGCCUUGGCCUCUGCUACCUCACUCCUGGUGCCCUCUGCUUCAGUCUCGCCCAUGUCAUCCCUGACCCCCUGUGAGCCAUGGGUUUUGCCUGUGCUGUGCCUUUACUCAUGUUUCUCUUGGCUCCUGGAAUGUGCUGGGGGCUUGAUCCAUGUUGACGUCAAUGUUGAAGACUUGCCUGGGGCACGUGCAGGGAUCCAAGCACGGAAGGUCCUUUUGCUGGGACCGUCAGCAUCUCACUUGGGUCCGGUCAAUGCUAGAAACCAAAGGGCUUUUUCCCAUCCCAAUGGCCCUCCCCACCCCAUCAACCAGGAAACACAUUCCCCACAUCUUGAAAGUCCUAACCUCAAAGCGCAUUGUCUCACUGCCAAGCAGGUGGAUAACCUCUGGGGAGCAUGUACCCACAAGUGGGCUGAGGUGGAGAAGGGGAGGUGUCCUUCUGGCACUGGUGGGGGCAGAGGAACGGGUGAGCUGUUCCUCUCAAGAGUCUCUCACUUGGUGGGGGAGGGGGCGCAGGAGGAUCCCAACAGAGUAGCCCCUGUCAUCCAGAUAAAGGGCUGGAAAGGACCCAAGGAAACCUGCCAGUCUUCCUAGGCCAGGCCUGCGUGGGGCGGGGCGGGAGUCCCCACUGCACUCCCUCCACCGCCCCCCCCCCCCCCGUGUUGUGCCUCUCCCUGCAGACGGUAAAUAUUGGUGUUGUGACUUCAUUAAUAAAGGCUUCUGUGAGCCUGAAAAAC